AUGGACCCUUCACCUCGUCGACCUUUUUCAUUCCACCAUGGGCGGCACAGCGAUGAAUAUGUCAUCAACAUGAGGGAUCGCUAUUCUCCUCGGGUAGGUGAACCCCAACCAACAAAUGAGCAAAGCCUUUCCCUGCUUCAUCAGCAGCCUUCCACGGUGUCCCUCGGCCCUUUCGCAGACCCAACCCCCUUUAGUGAAGCAACUCAACAAGCCUAUACUUGGGAUUCUAGAGAUAUGAGCCCUGACAUAGAUUUCAUGGAAUUACAAGAGCUACCUGAUCACUUCAAAUUACACAACCUAUCUAACCAGGGCUCUGCGGUUGAUUCCUCCAAAGGCUCGGGGCAUCGUCAUAAGACCAGUACCAUCCGCCGAUAUCCCACAAGGCGAAUCAAACUCAUACAAGGCUCGGUAUUAAGUAUCAACUACCCUGUUCCGAGUCCUAUUCGAAAUGCCAUCCAGCCAGAAUAUCGGGAUGCAGAGGGAGAACUUUCUGAAGAAUUCACGCAGAUGAGAUAUACUGCUGCGACAUGUGAUCCUGAUGAGUUCACGCUCCGAAACGGCUAUAAUCUCCGUCCAUCAAUGUACAAUAGACACACAGAACUCCUGAUUGCGAUCACUUAUUACAAUGAAGACAAGGUUCUCACCGCUAGAACCUUGCAUGGAGUAAUGCAAAAUGUUCGGGAUAUUGUCAACCUGAAAAAGACAGAGUUUUGGAAUAGGGGAGGCCCCGCGUGGCAGAAGAUAGUUGUUUGCCUUGUGUUCGACGGAAUGGACCCAUGCGACAAGAAUACACUCGAUGUUUUGGCGACUAUUGGAGUUUUCCAAGACGGGGUUAUGAAACAGGAUGUCGACGGAAGAGAGACCGUCGCUCAUAUUUUUGAAUAUACCACCCAGCUAUCAAUUACCCCCAAGCAAGAGCUCGUUCGCCCAUACAAAGACAAUUCCAUGAAUCUACCGCCAGUCCAAAUGAUGUUCUGUCUCAAGCAGAAAAAUGCGAAAAAGAUCAACUCGCAUCGCUGGUUAUUCAAUGCUUUCGGGCGCAUCUUGAAUCCCGAGGUCUGUAUUUUGAUCGACGCAGGUACCAAACCAGGACCUCGGUCCUUACUUGCUCUUUGGAAAGCAUUCUACAAUGACAAGAAUCUUGGUGGAGCCUGUGGUGAAAUUCACGCACUUCUUGGCCACCGAUGGAAAAACCUCGUCAACCCAUUGGUUGCAGCCCAAAACUUCGAGUAUAAGAUUUCUAACAUUCUCGAUAAGCCUUUGGAAAGUAGCUUUGGGUAUGUCAGUGUCUUACCAGGAGCAUUUUCAGCCUAUCGGUAUAGGGCUAUCAUGGGUCGGCCGCUGGAGCAAUACUUUCAUGGUGAUCAUACACUCGCUCAACAGCUCGGUAAAAAAGGCAUUGACGGGAUGAACAUUUUCAAAAAGAAUAUGUUUCUUGCAGAGGAUCGCAUUCUGUGCUUUGAACUAGUGGCCAAAGCGGGUAGUCAGUGGCGGCUCACAUACGUCAAAUCUUCGAAAGGAGAGACAGAUGUGCCUGAACGACCGGCAGAGUUCCUGAGCCAACGGCGGCGAUGGCUUAAUGGGUCUUUUGCGGCGUCACUCUAUUCGAUCAUGCAUUUCAAUCGCAUCUAUAAAAGCGGCCAUGGGAUACUUCGCCUCUUUGUGCUUCAUGUUCAAUUGGUUUAUAAUAUUUGCCAACUUAUCAUGACAUGGCUCUCACUAGCCUCCUACUGGUUGACCAGUUCAGUUAUCCUCGACAUUGUGGGAACACCAAGUUCGACGAACAAGUUCAAGGGGUGGCCCUUCGGCAAUGAUGUUACACCAAUUAUCAAUAAUAUGCUAAAGAUUGGUUAUCUGGCAUUCCUCAUGCUUCAGUUUAUCCUGGCUCUUGGAAACCGUCCAAAAGGGUCAAAAUUCCUAUACACGGUCUCCUUCCUCUACUUUUCAGUGGUUCAAGCCUACUUACUUGUGCUGUCCUUCUAUCUCGUCGCACAAGCAUUAACUCCCGAGAAUCUCGUCUUUGACUUUGCUCACGGAUUCUCGGGGUUGGUAUCGGGCUUCAUCGGCUCGACUGGUGGUAUUGUUCUCGUCGCUCUGGUCUCAACUUACGGAAUCUACUUCCUUGCGAGUAUUCUGUACGCGGACCCUUGGCACAUGCUCACCUCAUCAUGGGCAUAUUUCCUUGGUAUGCCCUCGUCAAUUAAUGUUCUCAUGGUCUACGCAUUUUGCAAUUGGCAUGAUGUCUCGUGGGGCACUAAAGGGUCCGAUGCUCCAGAUAAACUUCCAUCGGCACAAACCAAGACAGAGGAAGAAACAGCUUUCGUUGAAGAGCUGGAAAAACCUCAGAUUGAUAUUGAUGAGCAAUUUGCGGCCACCGUCAAGCGAGCCUUGACGCCAUGGCAGGAGCCGAGUGAUAACGAGGGAAUUGCUCUUGACGACUCAUACAAAGCUUUCCGAACAAACCUGGUCCUCCUGUGGACUUUCAGCAAUGGAUUGCUGGCACUCUGCAUCAACAACUCGAGUAUUGAUAGACUCUGUUUGACGAAUACAUCUACAGCUCGCACAGCAUGGUAUUUCAAAGUCAUUCUGUGGGGUACUUCUGGUCUCUCGAUUUUCCGUUUCUUUGGGGCUCUUUACUUCCUAGCAAAGACCGGGGUCUUAUGUUGUUUCUCCAGGCGUUAA